AUGCACUUCUUCCAAAAUAAAUGGUUGUUUUACUGUGUCUUUUCCCUUUCAGAUAAAAGACAAGUGACUUACCAAGCAGAUGACAAUCAAGGGAUGGACGAGGAACCAGAAAUUCACUCUAUACGCCCAGUAACAAGAAAACCAUUACCAGCUCAAGUGGUUUAUCCAGGUGACUUAAGCAGCUUUUAUACCACUGAAAUGCCAUCUGCCACAAUACAAAAGGAUUCAAAUGAAACUGGAAGUACUUCUUCAUCCGAAGACCAUGUACGCAGAAAACGAAGUGGCGGGUACAUUCGGGAUAAAAGUGAAGAAAGUAUUGUUCCAAUGUAUAAGAAUAUGAAACCUUUAAAGCCUUUAAGUACGAAAUAUAGACAGUUGCAUUCAUCUGAAAGUCGACUCCAUUCAUCCUAUCACAAACCUUCUGUAUCUGUUAUGAAUGAUGUGCCUGCUGAAUUGUAUUUCGAUGGAGCUGGUUUUCUUCGAUACGAAGACGAUUCUGAAGAGGUAAAAAGCACUCAGCACGUAAAGCCCCGAAGAUCAGGAGGAAAUCACGGGUAUCAAGAAAAAAAUAAAGCACUGAAUGAUUUCCGUGCCGCUUUUAACAUGAGCAGAGAAAGAGAUACGGCAAGUGUUAAAUUUGAUGAUGACAUAUCGUAUCAGAAUGAACCGCAUUAUAAUAUGAAAGAUGUCGCAAUUGAUCAUGGAGCUCAGGGAACAGAAACGGGAGCCCCACUUGGAAUAGACUUCAUGCAAGCUUACCAACAAAACUUAUUUGGAGGCUCACAUCCAAGCUUUGCUUCCCAAAUUGCACAAACUCCUCAAAUGUUCCAGCAAGACCCAUUUUCUUUCAAUUAUCCUUCGUUUUUCCAAGGGCAAUCUAAUUUAAAUCAAAUGAUGCCGGUUACUCAACAAGACUCACUCUUACAAAACCACAGAACUGAAAUUAACUCUAAUUUAGGUAACAUAUCUCCGCAGGCAAUGUUUUCUAAUGUUCCCCAACAAAACCUUCCUACUCAUUUAGGAUUCACGCAAAACCAGAACUACCAACAGUUUCAUAAAACACAGAGGAGGAAGCGUUCCAUUGGGAAUUCAAAGCAUGCUGACAAGAAAAGUUUUGUAACAGAGGCUGUAGCAGCGGCAUCAGAGCCAAACCAGGGUUAUAGAUAUUCGAGAGAAGAGGAUCAGCAAGACUCAAGCUCAGGCUUUAUUCCCAUAACAGGAACUUUCAAUGGUGGUACUAUACAGCUUAGUUUUCCUUUAUAUGGAAACAGUCCAAUGCCUCCACCUAGUUACUCAUCUAGGUCUCCAGUUCAGGCGUAUCACACUUACUCGGUUCCAGUAAGACCAGAAGGAAGGCCAUAUCGUUCGAUGGAACGUUUUUACCAUCCGUCAGAAGCUCGAAGAUAUUCAUAUGGUAUUCUAGGUAGCGGAAAUUUUGAAGUUAUAAGAGGAGGUGUUUUUCCCAACGAAAGACCGCAUGGUCUUCACGGAGGUUACCAAGGUGGUAGAGCUCCAUAUGGUGGUGACGAGUUUGGUAACUACGGAACUACUGAAAUAAUUCUUGAUGGACCUAUUCAAGGUUUUCAAGGUUUUGAUAACUUCCCAGCACAUUUAAUUAAUGCUUUGUCAAAGCAUUCAGAACUGGCAGUUAGACCACAUGGACAUGAAACAGAAGUUCUAGCAGCGUGAUAACUUCCUUCAAAGAUGAAAGAUUUUUAGCAAUAUUCAAUGUUAAUAUGUAUGACGUCAAAAGCAUAUUUCAUUGAAAUUUGGUUAUUCAACAUCUAACAUUAAAAUAUCUUAAUCAUACAGCAAAUGCGCAAGUAUAAAACGAUUAAGAUU